AUGUGGCGCUACCUAGGGUUCUCACCAGCAACGGAAAACGCCAAGCCUGAACCUUCCCGAAGCCUCCCAGCUUCUUGGUACCGAUCUCCUGAACUGCAUCAACUUGAGAGACGAGCCAUCAUCUCCAAAAAGUGGAUCUUGGUCACGCACUCCUUGCGAUUCAAGCAAGCGGGCGACUAUGUGUCUUUCAACUACGCCGACUUCCCCUUCUUUCUCAUCCAAGACCGAGAAGGCAACAUCAACGGCUUCCAUAAUGUUUGCCGACACCGUGCAUACCCUGUCAUUGAAAAUAAGACCGGGAAAGCUAGCAUCUUGAGCUGCAAAUAUCACGGCUGGUCCUAUGGUUUCAAAGGCAACCUGGCCAAAGCUCCGCGGUUCGACUCAGUCAGAGGGUUCGACAAGAGUCAGCAUGGCCUUCUACCUAUACACGUCCGGAUUGAUCCUGCCGGAUUCAUCUGGGUGAAUCUUCAAGCAGGAGAGCCUGAUGUCAAGUGGGAGGAUGAAUUUGGUGGUGUGUACCAGAAGCCAAGGAUGCAGAACUUUGACUUUGCGGGUGGCUACAGUUACGACCACGUAUGGGAAAUGGAACUCGACGCAAACUGGAAGACAGUGAUCGAGAACUACAACGAAUGCUACCACUGUCCAACAUCACACCCCCUGAUCGCCGGCGUCUCAGACCUGACGAAGUACAAAGUCGAGCCCAGCGGGGGCUGCUUGGAGCAUGAAAUCAUCAACAAGAAGGCGCAGGAGGAAGUGGACGAGUUCAGGAGAUCCAUCACCUUCUUCUUCCCUUCGACAUCAGUAACAAUCACUUCGAACUUCUUCUACAUCCAACGAAUGAUUCCCGUCAGCGCCACAAAGACAAGGAUUGAAAAUGAAGUCUACCGGCACCAUAACGCUGGCGACGAGGAGUUUGCUGCUAUCAACGCUUUCUACAAGCAGGUGCUGGAAGAAGACAAGCAACUCUGCAUUGGAGCUCAGGAAAACCUCAGUGCAGGGGUGUUCAUCAACGGCGAGCUACACCCCGAAAAGGAGAAGGGCCCGAUUCACUUUCAGAACACCUUGCGAGAAGAGGUCAUGGCGCACCGAAAGAAGGAGUUGGACCAAGGAGGUAGGGAAAUCUGGCCGGCAACGCCAAAGUUGUUUGGGGAGAUGAACACGAACAAGUUGAGUGAAGAAGAGACUUUCUGUUCUGAGCUUGAGAAGGCAGCUUGCGGGGCAAGGCAGGAACUGGCUUGGUGA